CAAUCAGGGAUGGUUUUAGCGGCUUCACUGUUUACAACAUGGCGACCCAGAAGCGGGGAUCUGGUGCCACUGGAUGGCCGAAAAACUCCACACCACCAUCUUAUGGUGCUAAGUACAACGGGACUUCCUUAAUGGCGCUUAAAAGAGCAAUCAGCCUGUAUCCUUUGACAAACUAUACCUUUGGAACCAAAGAACCUUUAUUUGAGAAAGAUCCUAGUGUUCCAGCAAGAUUCCAAAGGAUGCGAGAUGAAUUUGAUAAGAUUGGAAUGCGACGAAGUGUUGAAGCUGUGCUCUUAGUGCAUGAGCAUGGCCUCCCUCAUGUCCUUCUCCUCCAGCUAGGCACCACAUUUUUUAAACUACCAGGUGGAGAACUCAACACAGACGAGGAUGAAGUGGAAGGUCUUAAGCGGCUAUUAACGGAGACACUAGGGAGGCAGGAUGGUGUCAAACAGGAGUGGGUCAUUGAAGACAUCAUUGGAAACUGGUGGAGACCAAACUUUGAACCUCCACAGUAUCCAUACAUACCUUCACACAUUACAAAACCGAAGGAACAUAAAAAGCUCUUCCUCGUACAACUUGGAGAAAAAGCAUUAUUUGCCGUACCAAAGAACUACAAACUUGUUGCUGCUCCAUUAUUUGAACUAUACGACAAUUCUCAAGGAUAUGGACCAUUAUUCUUCUUGCCGCAGGUUUUGUGCGGGUAA